AUGGCCCCUUCAUCGGACAACAUGAGCGGCGUUGAUAGCAAAAACUUGGUCGAGAGCCCGACCACGACGCGGAUCACUGGCCCCGGGUCUUCUGAUGCCGCUGCCUUGCGUCCAGACACCGAUUCGGAGCUUGUCAGCCGCGGAUUGCACGUCCUCGAGGCCAAGAAGGUGCACUGGUGGUCCUACCUGACCACCACCGACUUCUGGAUCGUUCUCGUAGCCGGCCAGGUCCUGGCGCUCUGCAUCACGGCCACCAACACCUUCUCAGGGCUACUGGGCGCUGCAGGCACCAAUAUUCCCGCCUUCCAGAACAUCUUCAACUACAUCCUCCUGCUGCUCAUCUGGUGGCCCAUCUGCAUCUGGCACAUGGGUAUCAAGGCCUGGUUUCGCAUCGUUUGGCGCGACGGCUGGAAGUACUUCAUCCUCAGCUUCAUCGAUGUCCAGGGCAACUACUUCACCGUCUUGGCCUACGGCUACACCAACAUUCUGUCCGCACAGCUCAUCAACUUCUGGGCCAUUGUCGUGGUUGUGCUGCUGUCCUUUUUCUUCCUGAAGGUUCGCUACCGCCCGUUCCAGAUUGUCGGCAUCCUCGUGGCCUGUGGCGGCAUGGGCCUCCUCAUCGCCUCCGACUACAUCAAGGGUGGCAGCGGUGACGCCGCGAACAAGCUUAAGGGCGAUUUGUUCGCGCUCCUCGGUGCCACGUGUUAUGGCUUGACCAACACAUUUGAAGAAUUCCUCGUCUCUAAGCGUCCCGUCUAUGAGGUUCUCUCCUUCAUGGCCCUCUUUGGAAGCUGCAUCCUUGCCGUGCAGGCCACCAUUUUCGACCGCCGUUCCAUUCAAGAGGCUGAAUUCAACGGGCAAAUCGCCAGCUACAUUGUUGGCUUUACGCUCUGCCUGUCAUUCUUCUAUUCUAUCGUGCCCGUCGUUCUGCGACUCGCGUCGGCCGCCUUCUACAACAUUUCGUUGUUGACGGCCAACUUUUGGGGCGUCAUCAUUGGCAUUCACGUCUUUGGCCUAGCCAUUCACUUCCUGUACCCCAUUGCUUUCGUCCUCAUCAUUGCCGGCCUGGUCACAUACUUCCUUGCUGGUAGCAUGCUCGGCGACUCGAAGAAGCCCUGGCUGGGCGAUAACCAGGAAGGUGGCGUUGCUGGGUUUGGAACUGCCAAGCUCAAGGCCAUGAAUGCUGCGAGGGCUGAACAAGGAGACGUCGAGGCGCGUUAG